AAAGUGUCACAGCGUAUAAAAGCCUAAACCCGUCUGAUGUUUUUUGUCCAGUAAACCCUUCAACAUCAUCAGUGUGUUACAGACCGAGAUCUGUAUCACUCACAAAACAGCAAUCAGAAACACCAGAGGCUCAAACUACAGCUCAGACAGAGACUAAACCCAGACAUAAAAAGAGACAAUGGGAGCAGAAGAAUCUGUCCAGUCAGAUCAAGAGAUAGAAGAACCCCCACCACCACCAGAAUAUGAUCAACCAUGGAGGAGUACACCCUGGGGAAAAAGAGAAAAUUUGAGGAAAGACCUGAAGGGGUUUCAGGUGAGCAAUCCCAAUAUUAAACAUGUCAGGAUCUUGCUAGCUGGUGAAGUUGGAGCAGGAAAGUCCAGCUUCAUCAAUUCAAUCAACAGUGCAUUCCAAGGAAGAAUCACCGGUGAUGCCCUUGUUGAUGCAACAUCUGGAACAACUUUCACAAAAACAUACAGAACCUAUUAUAUCAGAGGUGAAGAGCAUACAGAUAUUCUGCCAUUCGUCUUCAAUGACUUCAUGGGUUUAGAGGCUCAAGAUUCACGUGGUGCACAUACAGAGGACAUUGUCAAAGCUCUCCAGGGCCUCCUUAAAGAAGGAUGCAAAUUAACUCCAUCUCCUGUUUCUGGUGAAGAUACGGCCUACAGAAGUGACCCGAGUCUUCAAGAUCAGACAUACUGCCUGGUGUACAUAAUGGCAGCUGAUAACGUAUCACGCAUGAAUCCGGAUGUGAUUAAAAAGAUGAAGAAUAUUAGGGCGAGUGCCAGUGAACUGGAUAUUCCUCAGGUGGUCAUCAUGACAAGGGUGGAUGAAGCAUGUCCACUGGUCAACAAACAUUUAAGGAGAGUCUACACCAGCAAGAAGAUCAAGGAGAAGAUGCAGGAAUGCAGUAACCUCCUAGGUGUCCCUAUGAACUACAUCUUCCCUGUAAAGAACUACCAUGAGGAAAUUGACACAGAUGAUGACACUGAUGUCUUGAUUCUGAGGGCGCUUACACAGAUUGUACAAACAGCAAAUGAUAAAUUGGUCCGCUCGUUAUAAGUUGUGAUGUAAGGAAUAGCGUUUCUGGGUCCAAGCCUUCACCUGACUUCCACCACUGCCAUAAAAUGAGUGCUUCUCUCUUUCGCAAAAAUGCCACCAAGACGCACAACAUGUCCCUCAAAGAGGCAUAAAUGUUCCAGCAAAGUUAAACAAAAUCUAUUACAAAAGUGAAAAUGAAAUUUGAAAUAAAAUGAAGUGUUGAUUACAGCAACAUAUUUAUAUCUGCUCACAAUGCAUCAAAAAUUUCUUGCAGCAUUGCAGUCUCACAUGUGUGUGUUGAGUUUGUGAAUUUAAUGACCAGUCAGCAGGGUUUAAAUUAGUCAUCCAUGCAAAUGAGUUUGUUGAAGUCUUUACUAAUGCGUAAAACAGCAAAAAAAAUUGUUUAUAGUAAAAAUGUGGUGUUUUAAAUGCAUUCUAUUAAUAAUCAUGAAUAUAUAAAGGGCAAUAAAUAACAAAAUUAUUUUCGUACUAAGUCCUCUGUAACGAGUGCACUUUUUCUUGCAUUUCCUUAUUUACAGUGUGUUCAAGCUGUUAAACUUCUGUUUGUCUUUGUUCAUAUUAACACGUUUUAAAUUUACAAUUGAUCUUUUC